ACACGUGAAGCUGCCUCUAAGCUUGUUGACCCAUAUUAGCCUGGCUGUGUCAGAGCCAAUGAGAGAGCAGGAGGAGGAAAGGGGGUGUGGCUUAAGCACUCGCUGAUCUUCUUUCAAUGGGCUGGUCUGCUGGGAACAGAGACGGCAGGGAGAGAGCAACAGCGGACCUCUCUGCCACAGGCAAGCGGUCUGACACGCGAGGAGGAUUCAGGAACGGAGAAGGGAGAUGGAGCAGAAGGACCUUUGAGACGUGUCACGGUAUCUUGCUGCGUAUUCACUGCAAAGAGGAGCUUAAAGAUUCAAGCAGAGAUAUCUAGAAAACCUGGGUGUUUUUUUUGCUGUUUGAAGGUGACUUCUUUGCGCUAUUGGAGAUGUCCAUUCCAGGUUGACCGUGUGGCUAAUACAAGACCAGCGCAUUCAGAAGAGUCCAACAACAACAUUUAGUUGUUCAGCUACAGGCAGGGACUCUUAAAUAAGGAGUACAAGGCCCAAACUGCUUGUGUUCCUCGACUGCACCUGAGCAGCCCACCGUGCUGCAGGUGUCAUCCUUCAGGCCGAGCGGAUUCCUGAUGACUGUCCUCACUUUGCAACUGCAGCUGUCCUGAGGAGCCUGUGGCCCUUGAUCCGCCAUGUCCAUUGAGUGAGUCCUUACCUUUGUCUUCCAAAUGCACUGCUCUGCAGCCAUGUCUUUAAGAAAGAUGAGUUCUUUCGUACUGGUGAUGGUCUUAGCGGCCCUGCUGGAUACAGUCACCGGCCAGUCCUCCACACCAGCAUCAACAAAACUUCUAGACAGCAAGAUGGUUACCUUUGAACCGGGAGGUGUUUCCCGGACAACCUCCAGUCCUGAAUGGACUGAUCAGACUGUUGGACAGACAAUGGGUCAGUCCCCCAAAUCAGUACAUCUCUCAACAAGUGGAUCAAUUAAAACAAGGGGCACAAAGCCACCAGCAGAGGUUAUUCACACAAGUUCUCAGGGGACAACAGUGGUUUCAAAUGUUUCCUUGGCUGGCACAAUACCUGAUAAAAGCACACUGAGCUCUACCUCAGCUUCAGAAACAUCACAUCCAUAUGCUGGAGAGAGUAACCAUCAGAGCCCUGCAGUGUCUGCAUCAGAGAAGGAGACACAUUUUCAGUUCACACCCACACCUCUGCCUCCACAGCAGACCACAGUAAGGGCUUCUGACCAGGGGUCAAUCACCAAUUCUGUGGAGAAGUUGGAAAGCAGUGAGCCCCCACCUCUUUUACAAAUGAAAGAACCCACUCAAAGAAAUAUAGUAGGUAGCCAGAGAGAGACUAAUCCCAAUGCCAUCAUCCGAACUCUGCCCCCCUCCUCUGCUACACCAGCACCACCCUAUUCAAUGAUUACAACUGGGGUCAUUUCGGAGGACACCUUAGGGCCUUCAUUUACACCCCAAGCAGCACAAACCCCAGCAGAAGUCACAUCUGCUCUGCAAGGAGCUGACCAAACCAAGGCCUUUCCUUCUCUCUUCAAUGGUGCAGAUGAUCACACCGAGUCCCAGGGUAUAACACUUCCAAAUGCUGGACUGUCAACUCAAAGUCUGGUUCAAAGUUCAGUUGUGCCUGCCGCCAGAGAUAAAAUAAGAACUGGUCACACUAAAAAACCCACUCUGAGCUCUGAUACCUUCCCACCAGAGGGCACUGUCCGAGCAGAGCCAGGAACAAAUGGAACUUUUCCUGAAGCCACAUCAGCCCGCUCCCUCACUUCAUCACUGCCUCAUGUGGUUCUUGCAAUAAAGCCUACUAGAGACAGUGACUUCCUGCAGGUAACUCAAUCAACGGCUGCAUUAAAUCCACAGAUCUACGAGGUACCUACAGAGCCUGGUCUCCAGUCAAUGGUGGAAGAGACAAGUUCUGGUAGCCUCACAUCUUCAUCUUCAGUGCAGUCCGAGGUUACAGAUAGGGUACCUUGGGUGUUCAUUCCUGGCACUGUUCAACCAACUAUUGGCAAAACCUCUGAAGCCACAGCUUUCACAAAGCUUGAUCCCCUGUUGGAGACUUCUACUACGACCCAACCAACAUCUGGUGAACCAGAGGUGACAGGAGAUGUAAGGUUUGCUGAAGCCCACACCGCCACCUACUCUGUUAGACUGGCCACCACUCAGACACAGAAUAUGACAACUGUGACUACACGAGCGGAAGCAGAGGACCGAUGUUCUGAUGGAAAAUUGUGCACCACUGUCCCUCCUGCUGUCAGGAAGAAGCUGAGCACAGAGAUGUUACACACCACAAUGGAGGUGUCUACUCCCCAGACAGUGAGGAAAGGGCUGCAGAAGACACUGGGGACAACAGGGAAGACAACUGGGCACCCCUUUACAGGAAUGUCACAGUCCCCCCGGACUGCAACGGUUUCAAUUGGUAGACCUGUCCUCACUACAACGGCUCCCCGGUCUUGGACAGUUUCAACAACUACCCAGGAGCCAACUCACAGCCUUGAUGCCAAGAUGAUACCUCCACUUGAUCGCCUUGUGCCUGCCGCUUCUACACCACAUGGUAGGGGUCAUCCCUCGGACUGGGACCCUUGCUCUGGUGUUUGCAGCCCCCUGCCAAGUUUCAACAGGACCUCGCUUUCCUGGGAUGACCUGCGGCGCACGCUGGCCUUUGCGUGGGAGAUGCAUGUUUAUGGCACUGCGUCUCUGUUUUUGCUCCUCUCACUGUGGUCACUGAUCAACCUCAUCGGGAUGCCCAUUGUGGGGUACCCUAGGUGCACAUGCCUGUGUCUGACCAGUGCACUUUUAUUAAUCACUGGAGGCUGUCGUGCUGGAUAUUUCCUAACAGAUCCUUAUGGCUCCAAAGAGGUUCUCCAUCGUCCUGCUCAGGUGGGGCUCUAUAACCUGGCCUUUCCUCUGCUCCUUUCUGCUUUUGGAACCCUGUGCUUGCUAGCAUUCAGAAUGGCUCGACUGCACGUGUUACCGGCCAGUCUGCAGCGCCUCCCAGUGGUGGCAGCUGUGGCUGUGCUUCACACUACACUGCUGUUAGCAGCAGAUCUUCUCUUUCUGGCAUUUAACCCUUCAGUUCAAGUUGUUCUGCAGGUACUCUCAGUGUCUUGGGGGACUUUCCUCAACGCCGGCUACCUAUACUCCUAUCCAAGGCUGAGGAGACAAACCAGCCCUUCUCUAGAAGAUGGCUUGCGGGAAGGUGGAUCUUCAGAUGCUCUAGGUUAUAUCCUCGAGAGCUCACAAAGGAGGCAGCUGCUCGUUCUGUCCCGAGUCUUAACAAUCUGUGCCAUUCUGGGCCUUCUCUGCUGUGGCCUGCAGGUUUAUGCAAUUCUGUGGCUAUAUGAUAUCUUGGGCGACUGGCGUCAUUUUACUUGGUCAUGGUGGCUUGUUCAGUUCUGGUAUCGCCUCCUGGAACUGGCAUGGGGCUUCUCGAUGCUUGUGGUGGCAACUUGGGUCUACUGGCGCCAAGGGGAUAAUAGAGGAACAUCAGGGAGUCAUACGUGUUGGGUCAAAAUUGUGCAAAGCCUGUGCAGCCGCAAACAGCAGGGCAGAAAGUAUGAAAGCAGCAACCAGUCGAACGGGGCGGGAAAUGGAACUCUGGACCUACCAAACAAUAGGACCAAUCAAGACCGGACAGGAGUAGAUAUCAGUAAGAAUCUGAUCCGCAACCACCCUGAGAAUGUUCCUCUGAGGACCCUGAAAGAAAACAAUGAAAGCAAAGCCCGGCUUGCCCUCUAUGCGCCGCAGGGGGGUGGCUCCACCAAUUCUCUGUUGUUGCUGAAGCAAAGCGGAAUCAUUGUGGGAAAGAGUCACAACUUGGCCAUGUUGCGGCGCUCACACAGCACUGUGUGUUUUGAGAAGGAAUCUGUCCUUUCCUUGGCCGACUUCGAUCUGCGACCCCCAUCCCCUAUCGACCUGAGCCGCAGCAUAGAUGAAGCCUUGUAUAAAGAGCACCUUGUCAAGGACAGUAUCUUUAGCCAAUCUGGAUUCCUGACACACCACCUUGAUGCUGACAAUUCAGAAUCUUCCUUUCAAGAACUGUGUCCCACUCAGAAUGAUGGAAUAUCCCAAGGUGUCUACAGGCGGAGGAGCAGCGAUCCCAAUUAUCUCUACAGCCUCACCAAGUGCAGCUCACUGGCAGAGCUCAACACAGCUUGUGGACAAGAGGAGAAGACUUCCCGCCCAACAAAUGGCGGUGUUGCUGGCGAUGCAGUAGAGGACAGAGAUAAAAGCCUGAGCUACAAAACAUCACCACCAGUGGUUAUUGGAAACUCACCGGCUUCACCUAGCAAGAUGUCACCAGUUGCCAAAGGGAAAUCCCCAACUUCAGGCCAUGACGUUUCAGGGCAAAGUUCAAGCAGACUGGGGACAGAGCCUUCUGAGUACUCAUUAAACAGCAGCUUUUCAGGCUUGUCUGUUCCCAUCAGCUUUCCUCAGCUCAGAGGCCAGGGGCUCUCGCCCACAGAGACAGAAGCCGACUUGAGUGAGCCUUUCCUGCGUGAGGACUGCCUGUAGGACAGAGAAGAGUUGUGUGACCCUGAUUCAGAAGCAAGGCAAAGUUUCUUAGAAAUAAGCCGGCAGAUUGAUUCAGUGAGCAUUAUCAGUGACACCAUUGACCUGUGAAUUCCUUGCCAGUGGUGGCCAUACAGUGACUGCCUGAUAAGUUGCCAUCAAUACUUUAUACAAAAUGUUAGUAAGAUGCCAGCUUAUUUCUCUGACAAUCACAGAUGUCCAACACCAUGGACCAAUGGGCAGCUAGGAAGCAUUACACAGAAGGCUUCAGAAUGCAUGGAGGUCCACCCCAGGUUCUGUCAGUGUCUCAGAAGAAGUCAGAGGGCCGAGUUACACCAGGUCGGCCCAUUGCACAUUCCAAGUCUCUUGAUCAUGACUGUUAAAGUCAGUGUGUUUGUUUUUUUUUUGAGUUCCAGUGGAAAACAACAGGGUAUCAUUGUACCUGUCAUCUUGUCAGCUCCUCUUUAUUGAAACUUGAAGGAUUAAAAUACACUCAAAAAAUACCAGCUGUGAUUGAAGGAAUAAACAGAAACAUAAACACAGCCGUCAUAAAAGUGGACGCAGCUCAUUAAGAUAUAAAGAGUCCAAUAUCCUAAAGGCGUCAAGGGAAAGAGUGGACUUUGAAAAUGUCAAAUAUACUGUUAAGGUGUCAAUUGGAAUAAAGAUCAGAAACAAAGGUACCCAAAAAGUAUAGGAAUAAAGCAGUGGACCACCCAGGAAACAUCAAAUAUGAAUGCAUAAAUAUGUGGGCAACCGUGUACAGCUGGUUUGGAGAACAGAACACUUGCAGUUUUAUUUUACUUACAUUGUUGCAUCGUAAACCAUAAUGCAUUGCAAUUGCUGUCCUUUGGGUGUUUCUCAGCAGUCUCUUGAAGUGAAUCUCGAUUUCCGUUUCCAGUGCAGUUGCUUAGACCUUGCUGUCCUUUUCAUUAUUACACUGCUGCUACGCUGAGGUACAACUGUAAGAACUGAAAGACAUCAUAUAAUUGAGAUGAGCUACUGUUCAUCAGGCCAUACAGGGGUAAUGCAACGGGAAAAACCAUUAUCUUUCUGGCGGCUCUUCACAGACUUCUUUGGGAGACUGGAAGUCACAUAUGAGGACUGUCAGUGGUUGUGCAAUACAGAUUUCACUGAUAAUUCCACUUGGGUCUUUUUUUCGUAAGUCAUUUAUCCAAAGGAACAAGCUGAAGCCACCAAGGGAGUGCAAGUGCGAUUCACCUACUGAGGUGAUGGUUCUGCACUGCCUCAAGUUGUUUUAAGGCCUUGAGCAGCUCUACUAUAGCUCUAAACCUAACGUUGUGUGGCUUGGGUAAGUAGUAUUGUAAAAAUGAAAUUGGAGAAGAGCUACAAAUUCGGAAGUAGCCUCACAAAACUAUUAAGUCACUGUGUGCCCAAGUCUGAAAGCCCUCGACCUGAUCUUGCUAUAUAGCCAUUGCUCCUAAACAUUUAACCAGUGCAGCAACCAUUCAGCUAUAAACCUACAGAUUGUGUGGUUCUAAUGUUCUUUUCUGCGUAAUCACAAUUCCUGAAAUUAUUGGUCUGUAUUACAAUCACCGCCUGUUUAGAAAGAGACUUGCCUGCUUGUUUUUAACUAAAUGAACUAAUGACUAGAUCAUUGAUUUAUUCUGAGUCUGUAAGCUUUGAGCCCAAUGGACACUUAGUUCUGAAUGAAUCCUUUUCAGUUUUGUUCCAUGACAGCUGCAUAUCAAAAGCAGUCUAUGGGUUUGAGUUGCAAUUACCAGUUCACCAGACUCUGGAGGAGAAUGCUGUUUCUUCACUGAUUAAGGGCAAAGUUGAGUUCAAAUACCCAUUAGAUGGAGAUUUACAUACAUUUUUAAUACCAUAUAUACUCGCGGAUAAGUUCUCCCACGUAUAAGUCAGGACUUGAUUUUACCGUAUAAUAUUUGGUAUUUUAUAAUGCUACCACUGUGUCAGGAAGGGCAUCCGGUGUAAAAUUUUGCCAAAUCAAUAUGCGGACAACAAUUUUGGAUGAUCUGCUGUGGCAACCCCUAACGGGAGCAGCUGAAAGAAGAAGAAGGAGGCACUAAUUGCGCAUUCCAAAAAACCACUUCAACUGACUUUUCUAGAUCUUCCUUAUUGCUGAGCUCCUUGACCUAUCACGGUGAAGGGUCAGUUGUAUAAGUCGAAUGUGGGAAACUCACGCUAUUGGUUCAAGAGAUUAUGCUAUGCUAACGCCCACCUGAGAGAGUAACCACGGAGCACACUGCCCGUUUUUUCUAUGUGUUGUACCUAUGUGACCACACGGUAAUACCCAAACUAUUCCAAAGCGACAUUUGCACUAUUUUGUGUUUUUUGUAUCUCACACCUUCAUACACCUUUAUCGUAAGAGCUGGCUUUAAAUUAAAAGUCGUUGGAGUGGUGAAAGAAAUUGGGGACUGCGCUGCUGCAACAAAAUUCGAUGUGUCUGAGAAACUGGUGCGAGUUUGAAGGAGGAAAGAAGAUGUAAAAAAAUGUACGUGUAGUUUGGAACGGGCGUAUAAGUCGGGGUCUGAUUUUAUGAUUGAUUUUUCGGGUUUCAAGAACCGACUUAUAUGCGAGUAUAUAUAGUAUAUCUCAGGUGUAGGAUAUAUCCAAAAAAUCAAACUGUAUGUUAGUGAAUUAAAAAACAGUGUGUUCACUAGAACAAAUCUUCAGACUGUGGCUUUCAGUCAGUGUUGAUAGUGGCGAUCAAGUGAAUAACAAGUACUUUCCAUUAUAACUGCUGAAGUAAACGUGUUAGAUGCAUUUGGCAUUUUGGGUAAAUUUUGUAGGCAAUUCUAUUGGUCAGUUUAUAGUGGCUUUUCUUUGGGUACACCGCUUUCCUUUGAGAAGCGCACAGCUUCAGCUGACGGUGACUGCAUUGGCACAGUAUGCCCAAGUCUGGAUGAGUGUCUGCUGUGACACCCUGGUAUCCUUUGCACUGGAUGACACCUUCUUUGUACCUGAUGAUGCUGCCAGAACAAGAGAGUUUGGAUAACUGAUAGAUGGAUAAUCAGAAAGUUGUAGUAAAUAGUUGGCAUUAAAUUAAAUCCAUAAUACUGAGCACAACCAAACAAAUUCUUGAUGUUAAUAGUUGUGUACUGUUGGUGGUUCAAAAUUUUGAGAAUGUAUAGCAAUAAAAGUCUUUUCUUUAUGAAAGUUGAUGAUGGAUAUGGCUUUGAAGUAAUGAUAUUUCCCAGUGGUGUUUAAAAUCGAGACUGCGUGCCAUUUUUGUUUUUGGCAUUUUAGCAAAAUCCAAACUAGGACAUUUGUUUAUCCUACAGGAUAAUUUGAACAUUUUAUUAGUGCCAGAAAGGAAAUAGAAUAGAAAUUCUAAAAAUCAACUGGACUGCCGCCCAAACUAAAAUGUAUGGCGAGGAUUGUAACAAGUUUCUAAUCCUUUUUCUAAAGUGAGUGUCACGGUACAGUAUGUCUUUUCAAGAUACCUUGUCAAAUGGUUUGACUAGAUUUAACACUGAAUGCUUUCAUUGUGUAGUUGUGUAAGGAUAGUUGCAGAUAUGGCUGAAUACAUACUAGGGCCAUACUCCCCUUCAGACCGUUGUCAGUGUUGUACUCGGACUUUUACUGUGCGUUUUCUUGAGCUGGCAGGUGGUAACAAUAGAUAAGGAAAAGAUCUUCCAGCUCUUUCUGUUUACAGCUAGAACAAUCAGUAGAAAUUAUAUUUUUGUAUAACAAAGUAAUAUGCAAUUUUAGAAAAGAAAAAAAUCAAUGACAUGCACUAUAUGAGUAAUCUUACUGUGGAUUUUUGGCGAGGAGAAGAUAAGCAACAAUUUGACAGACCACUUCUGGAUCUUUGCCUUUUCAAACAUUUCUUGGCUGUGAUAUUAAUUUCUUAAUGCAGCACUAAUGACUCCACGUGCUGCCACAUCGUCGUGCAGGGGAUGUGUGUGUGUGUGUGGCACAUAUUAGCUCCAAAAAGCAGUGCAGGCUUUCCUCUGUGCUGUGCACGCUGCAUGAUGACAGGAGUUUACACUUGUUUUGUCGAGUUUUCUUUUGGGUACUGUUCACUUCCCUUCCAGUGAAGUUUCGUGACUCUUCUUGUGUUUAUGCAAAGCGCUUCACUCGUUUUGUAACUGACAGCAUUACUUUUAUCUGUAAGUGAAAGCUAGGUUCACCAAAAAGAUUACAGUUAAAGAAGCUGGUGCCAAAAGCCUGGCAUAGCUCGAGAAAAUUGGUAACGGUUGGUCUGCAGCUUUCCUUCCUAAGCAAGCCAGCUUCACCUUCUUUGUUAGAGUGUUCAAGACCACAGAGAGGAUGUGUGCCGGGUGCCCAGGACAAUUGGACAAGCAGGAAUGGGUGCGGCGAGGAGGUGUUGUGAAGUCUGUCAUAGGUGUAUUCUUUUAUUGAAACCCAAAUUGGUUCUUUGUCCCAGAGUGUGUGGUAGUGUUAGGAGGCGCUGCUGUGGAAUCUGCUCAGCCAUGAUUUCAAUGGAUUCAUUAUUGUGCCAUCUACCCUGAAGAGAGCUCGAGAGGCAGUUAUAUAGUCUGGCUGAAGUGGAGUGGGAAUGGAAAUUGGGUGGGACUGUGGCACAAUGGAUUUGCUUUAAAGAACAAUGGGCCUGAUUCAUGAACUUGCACGGAUGUGACCUUUGUGGAGUUUGCAUCCCAGAGGCACACCAGUUGGUCUGGUUCACCUGGCAUUAGCAAGUGCGUUUUUAUAAUUGUUCCUUGCUGUGGAUUGGCAUCCCUUUUAAGCUGGUUUCUGGCACGUUGUUGCCCUCCCUGUGCACCCCCCCCCAUCUCGUAUUACAAAAGUGAAAAUGAAUGGACAACAGCUAACACCUUCAGUCUUGUGACUUGUCCAUUGACAACACAAAUGUCAAAACUUCCAAAUAAUUCUAACUUAACAUAAAAUUCUCAAACCCUAUUUAAUCCAGUUUGGGUUUAUCCCAGCAGCACUGAGGCCUGGUUUUGGUCAUAGGACCCACUCGUAAACUCGCUGAUUGCAUUCUAGCCAGCACAUCUCUAAAGACCGGAGAGAAGGGCCCAUGCAGAUACGAGGGAUGAAUGUGCAAACUCCACACAAACAACCAGCAGGACUCUGGAUCCAUGAUGUAGCUCAGCUAACCAGUGCGCCACCAAACCACCACAUCCAUGAAAAAAUUCUUGGCAAUAAAAUUUAACGUUUAGGAUAACAGGUGUGGAAAGAUCUGGAAAGUGUAACAUUACACGUGAUCGAUGUGAAAGUUCACUGCCUCAGAGUUCCGGGUCCAAAGUUGUUGUGAGUAAAUGAUGAAACGUUGAGAACAAGGGCACAAAGAAGGUAGAGAAGAUGGAAUAUUGCAGUAUUGGAGUCUGAAGUAGUGGAAUAUGUUAAGUUGUGAAGGUCUGAGUACGGUGACCUGUUCAGGCAGAGCUUAUAAACCAUUCUGUCUAAGGGACUUUAAAUUCUAGAGUUCUGAAUAAUGUAAAUUGUAUUUCCAUACAACUAAUUUCUAUAGCGAACACUAGCCAGUGGUAAGUUGUAACUUUAAUUAAAUUGACUACAAUGUAUGCUUUGUCCAAUUUGGUGCACUACUAAAUAAUUCAUUAUUUUGGAAGCCUUAAGAAAUUAAUAUAAUUAAAAAAUGUUGCGUGUAGAUAUGGGUGUAACACUCAUUUUUGAUCCUGAGAUAGUUACUUAUGGGCAUCAAAGUGGCAGGAUUAGCCCUUCUGCCUCACUGACCCAGUUCUGGGCUUGAAUCCCGUGCCCGUGUAGAGUCUGCAUGUUCUUCUAGUGCCUUUGUGGGUCUUUAUAUGUGAGUGUGUAUCAGUGUGCCCAAUGAUGGGCAGAUGCCUCUUUAACGGCUGGUUCCCCUUUUUAAGCUUCCCACAACCCUGAACCGGCUAUUCAGGUUACAAAAAGGAUGAACGGUUGGAUACGACAUGCUUAACGUUUUUGUUUGACUGGUGCGAUCAUCCUCCUCAGCACAAAUCUAAUGGCUAUGGUUUUCCUUUUUUUUAAAAAGAACGGAAAUAAAAAUCAUGGAGAUUCAACCACGUUUUGGUUUUGAGUCUACAAAGAGUCUUGUCUCCAUUCUAACACACACCUGCCUAAGCAUGAAACUCGUGUAUCUGGUGGCCAUAUCCUAGAAACCAAAAACCUAAGAUCUAAUUAGUCCUGGCUAUAAAUUAAAAGAUUACUUGCCCACAAGUGUUAACACUUUUGUGGUCAUAAAUUAAUGUUGUUUUGUGCCCAUGUAGUUAUGGAAUGUGGCAUAAGAUACAUAUCGGUGGCCUAGAUGAAUAUUUUUGUCUUCAUAACCUCAUGUGGCUGAAGUGAACAAACUUGCUCCUGAAAUGCACAAUGGGUAAUCUAUCGAUCAAAGCGGGAUUAUUCCUGUAUACGAAGGCUUUGGUUAAGCAGCUUUUCUGUAGUAUAGUCUUUGGUUUGGACUGCCGUCAGAUAAUUUGCACAUUCUGUUCAUUCACUUCAGUCUCUGUCAAACCCCACCUUUCUAAAUGAUUCUUAUAAAGCUGUACAUUUCUGAUUAACAGACAUCGGAGUGAGAGAUAAGCUUAUUAUUUAGUACUUGUCAUUCACGCCAGUGUUCACCUCUCACAAGGGCCCUUUGGAUUUUAGCAGAUUGUGACACUGACCACAGUUCUGCUACAAGCUGUGCGGUGAUGUCAAAACUGUGCAAAUUGUUACUAAAUGUUCUGAAGGCUGAAUGGUUACUCUGCCAGUCCCUUAGAAAUACAGGCUCCAAUGAAUACCUGUACUCACUGAAGCCCUCCAAAGUGGAGUCUGCCCACCCCUAAUAUGUAACGAUGCCCUCCAAAGUGGAGUUUGCCUACCCCUAAACUGUAACGAUGCCCUUCAAUUGGAGUCUGCCCACCCGUAACAUGUAACGAUGCUCUAAAUAGUCCAGACCUUUAGAACGUAGGGUUUAAUGGGCAAGCAAGUUAAACAAAAAACUCCAGCGUGAUUUAUGUGGCACAGCAUUGCUAUCAGAGUCAAACAAUUUCUACUUUAACCGACCCAAAAUACUUAAGCAGCUUCUGGAUAAUGAGAGCGAAAGCUGUAAACAUGAGCAGUACACCAAGGAUAAGUACACUGAAAACCUCUGCCAAAAGGCACGUGUGAUUGUUGAAGGUUUGAACUAGUAAGGACUUUCACUGUACAAAAACAACAAAAAUUAUGGACCCUGGAGUGGCAUGGAACAUCGUCAAAGAUGGACUGAUGUAUCACAUGCUCUGAAAGUGGGCGCCCUGGUGAUGCACUGGUUGUCACUGUUGCCACACAGCUUUAGGUUCAAAUCCUGCCCAAGCCCUGUUUGUGUGGAGGAUGAACAAUCAUGCUGCAUCUAUGUAGGCUUUUCACAAGUUGUAUGUUUCUUCGAAUAUCCCAAAUAUGUGCAGAUUAGGUUGACUGGAGAACUGAAAUUAAGCCAGUGGGUGUGAGCACAACAUUGUCCUGCUGUCCACUGCCAUCCCAUCUACAGUUCUGGUUUAAUUUUAUUUUAUUUUUUUUUAUUUCUUAUGCCCACUGCUGUCAGGAUAGGCACUGACUUCUGUGACAAAACCUGUAAUGCGAUAACAGAGUCCAGGAAAGGGCUCGAUGGAUGAACACCACUUCUGAUAAAUGGACAUGUACUGAGCGUUGCAAAGUCUCAAAUGAAAAAU